AUGUCGAAGCUGCUGCGCGCCCGCGAGACCGCGGGCAGCGAGGUCAACACCAAUCUCGCGGUGUCGCUGAACCAGCAGUGGAUCCGCCGCCGGCUGGACAGCUCGCUGCUGCCCACCGACGGCCACCAGGCCCUCGCCCUCGUCGGCCUGGGCUAUGCCCGCGGCGGCGGCACCGACAGCAGCGGCCCCUUCGGCCGGAUGCAGUUCAAGCUCGGCGCCUACCGGCCGAUCGGUGGCUGGUAUGCGUCGGCACGGGCCGAGGUGGCGCAGGUGGUGGCGGCCGAGCGGGUCGGCGUGCCGGAGAAGCUGCUCUUCCUGGCCGGCGGCGAUGAAUCGGUGCGCGGCUAUGCCUACCGCAGCCUCGGCCCGGUGCAGAACGGCCUGACCGUCGGCGGCCGCGUGAUGGCCACCGGCAGCCUGGAGAUCGCCCGCCCCUUCACGAUGAGCCUGCCGAGCUUGUGGGGCGCGGCCUUCAUCGACGCCGGCAAUGCCGCGUCGCGCUGGACCGACUACCGCCCCGUGGUGGCGUGGGCAUCACCCUAUGAAGCCAGACGCAGCCACGCCCUCCACCAGCCCCGGAAUCCGCCCUCGGAGGCGGUCGGUGCGAAUCCUGCGGGGCAGCCUGAUCGGCCUGCUCGUGCUGGCCCUGCUGACGGUCGGCUUCAUCGCCUGGCUGCUGGCACGCCCGUCCGGCGGCGCCUGGCUGAUGGAGCACCUGCCCGGCGUGCAGAUCGAGGCCCCGGAAGGCUCGCUCACCGGCGAGUUCCGCGCCCGGCGCCUGCUGAUCACCUGGCCUGGCGGCACCGCCGAGCUGCGGGCGGCACCGCGAGCCUCGACCUCGACACCAAGGGUCUCAAGCUCGACGGCAAGCUCGCGGCCGACGAAGGCUUGUUCGACUUCACCCGCAGCGACGCGCCGGCGCUGGCCGAUGACGUGACCGUGCUGCGCGGCACGCGCGAUGCCGAGCCCACCGCCCCGCCCGCGCCGAAGGCCGCGCGAAACACGAGCGUCAACCUCGCGGUGGACUUCGGGCGCGACUUCAAGGUGCGCGGCCGCGGCCUGGCCACGACGCUGCGCGGCCAGCUGCAAGUCACGCAGAACAACGGCCCGCUGCGCGUGAACGGCAAGCUCACUGCCGGCGGCGGGCAGUACGCCGCCUACGGCCAGAAGCUUGACAUCGAGCGCGGCGACAUCACCUUCACCGGCGCGCUCGACAACCCGUCGCUGGACCUGCUGGCCGGUGCGCCCCAACCUGGACAUCCGCGUCGGCGUGCG